CCUUUUGGAGGAAUUAAUAUUGUGUUUGCUGGCGACUUCGCCCAACUGCCACCUGUUGGUCAACGGGGCCUUCACUGCAAAGUGAACACGUAUACGGCGACCACGACUAAGGGACAAAAAGCUAUGUUUGGCAAAUUGCUGUGGUUAUCCAUUAGUACAAUUGUCUUACUGAAGAUCGUGAUGCGACAAACAGGGGAUCACAACGCAUGCUUUGUGGAGGUUCUUGGCCGUUUGCAUACUGGUACUUGUUCUGAUGAAGAUUUUGAGUUGUUGUCUAUGAGAAUUAUCUCUACAGUGAGACCUACUUGGCAUCUUGGCGAAUGGCUCGACGCGCCUGUCAUCACAUCCACAAAUGAAGUUAAGGAUAUCAUCAAUGAAUGUGCAACAUUGGCAUAUGCACAAUACACACAUCGAGCUGUGCAUUGGUAUUAUUGCUUCGACAAACACAAUGGGCACGAGAUCCACUCACCUGAUUUGCGGCGUCAUCUUAAUGGGCUACAUUCAGGUUCAACUUCCCAGCGGUUGGGGAGAAUACCACUGGUCAUAGGUAUGCUGGUAAUGAUUGGACAGAAC